GGAACCUUCAAGGAUUGCGAUCCUUGCUAGCGUAGCAUGUCUUACGUGUUAUCAACCCUGAAACAUCACACACUGCUGUCAUCUGAAUAAGCAAAUUUGUUGUUUUACACACGACCUUUCUCUUGAAGCCAUACAGUGCCCUUUUUUUUCAGGCGUCAUCUGAGCUUUCGGUAUUUAAGGGGUAAAUAAUCGAAAUGGCGAACCAGUUCUCUUUCCGCGACGCUUCCGCAUCAUUUAAUGAUGCUCAGUUCAUGGCUGAUGCAAUGGACUCGACGAUACCUCACCUUGUUGCCAUGGGAAACUCUGGUCAAUGGGGAACCGAGCCCCUUUCUAGAAAGGAGUCGUUCAUUCAGAAGAUGCAUGAUGCUGUCUCGAAGUCAGAGCAGUUCUGUAAAACAGGGACUGGUGACCCGGAGAGAAUAUUUAUCGCCGAGGUUGAAGACGAUCAAACCACCUCAGAAUCCACUGCAAAUGAAAACCUCUCCCGCCGCGUGGACGAGAAUGGAAAAGUCUUUGUGUCUGUUGGUUUCGUCAAGAUUGUCGAAGAACAGUUCGUGAGUUAUCUGAAAGAGACCGAGAGUUUGAAAGCCCAGGUCGGAGCUGCGUUGAAAAAGGGCAAGUUUGUUUUCCUCCAAUACCUCGUCACUGAUCAUCGAGUUGGUGAUAAACGUCGAGGUGCUGGGGCUGCUCUCCUUCAGAAAGUCAAGGAAUAUACUCUUGAGCGUGGUUGGAAGACAAUUUGGCUUGAUUGCUGGGAUGGAGGUAAUGGGCAGUUGGUGCAAUACUACGUUGAUCAAGGAUUUCAUAUUAUGGGGAGCUUUGGGAAUGAUCAUGAUGGGACUUCGUGGAAUGGUAAACUUUUCCGCAUGGACUUGGCCUAGAAACUGCUACCGAAGCAAGCAUCACAUAGCCAAUACUGCUAUCUCUGUGGAUACUCACUUCUCCAGUGGAGCUGUAUCAACAAAGCAGCCGAAGAAGGAGUCCCGUCCUCCUGCAACUCCAGCCUCAACUGCUAAUUUCCUCAACUCUUGAUUCUCCUCCUUACUCAGCUUCACCUUUGCGGCUCCCACGUUCUCUUCGAGAUACUUGAUCUUCUUCGUUCCAGGGAUAACAAACAGUUUCGGACUCUGCUCCAAGAUCCAGGCCAGGACGAGCUGUGAGGAUGUAUAUCCCUUGCUCUUGGCCAACUCAUUGAACUCGUCCACAAUCUCUAGGUUCUUU